CCCCAAUUAUUCGAAGAGAGGAGUUUUCAAUCUUUAAAAAAGGGCAAAGUCAGCUUUUCACCGAAAAACAUAAUGUGUUCUUUCAUCUCUCAUUUCUCUUGUGUUCGUUUUUCCUUCAGCAAUAUCCUACUGUUAUUUAGCAACUCCUAGAGCUAUGGAAUUGGUGAGUCCAAUCUUGGAUAUUGGGAGAUGUUUGUGGCAAUCAGCUUCAACACGCGCAGCCUUCUUGCUUCACUUGGAAAAAAAUUCGGAUUCCUUAGAAAUUGCGAUCGAUCAACUGAAGAACCUAAGAGACGAUGUAAUCACAAGGGUUGAAGAACAAGAAGAUAAACAGCAGAUGGAGCGUACAAAACGAGUGUCAGACUGGCUUGCUAAAGUAGAACAAAUGGAAGCACAAGUGACUAAAGUUUUACAACAGGGCAAAGAAGUAGUUGGAAAGAAAUGUCUUCUAUUUUGUUGCCCCAGGAACUGCAGGGCAAGCUACAAGCUGGGAAAGAAAGUAAGCAAGAUGAUCGGCGAAGUGGAUAAACUAAAGAAACCAGGGGAUUUUGAUGUUUUGGCUUACAGAUUGCCUCGUGCUCCUGUUGAUGAGAUGCCUAUGGAAAAGACAGUAGGUUUGGAUUCAAUGUUUGAAAAGGUUUGGAGAAGCAUUGAAGACAAGAGUUCAGGAAUUAUUGGGUUGUAUGGAUUAGGGGGUGUGGGAAAAACAACUCUCCUGAAAAAAAUUAACAACCAGUUCUCAAACACUACCCAUGAUUUUGAUGUUGUAAUUUGGGUUGCUGUAUCCAAGCAAAUAAAUGUAGAAAAUAUCCAAGAAGUCAUCAGGAACAAAUUGGAGAUCGGAAAUAGCAUUUGGAUAAACAGAAGUGAUGAACUUGAGAGAGCUAUAGAAAUAUAUAGAGUCUUGAGAAGAAAGAAAUUUGUGUUGCUGUUGGAUGAUGUAUGGGAAAGAUUAGAUCUUUCAAAAGUGGGAGUUCCUUUUCCAGGCAAUAAUAAUGAGUCGAGAGUGAUAUUCACAACUCGAUCAGAGGAGGUUUGUGGAUACAUGGAAGCUGACAGAAGGUUCAGAGUGGAGUGUUUGGCAGAACAAGAUGCCUUGAAUUUGUUUCAAAAGAUGGUCGGUGAAGACACUCUAAGUUCUCAUCAAGAAAUCCCUCAGUUGGCACAAAUUGUUGCUAAAAAAUGCCAAGGCUUGCCACUAGCUCUUAUAACAACUGGUCGAGCUAUGGCUAGUAGAAAGAAACCACAGGAGUGGAAGUAUGCAAUGAAGGCAUUGCAAAGCUAUCCUUCAAAGUUCUCAGGUAUGGAGGAUCAUGUCUUUCCAAUUCUUAAGUUUAGUUAUGAUAGCUUGAAUGACGAAACCGUGAAAACAUGUUUCCUAUAUUGUUCUCUAUUUCCUGAAGAUCACAUUAUUCUAAAAGAGGAACUUAUUAACCUUUGGAUUGGAGAGGGGUUUUUAGACAAAUUUGAUGACAUACAUGAUGCUAGGAUUGAAGGAGAGUAUAUAAUUGGAAGCUUGAAGCUCGCAGGCCUACUAGAGGGUGAUGAACUAGAAGAGCAUCUGGGUGUAUCAACAGAGUGUGUUUGGUUGCAUGAUGUGAUUCGCGAUAUGGCUUUGUGGUUAGCUUGUGAACAUGGGAAGGAGACCAAAAUUUUAGUGAGAGAUCAACCUGGACGGAUCAAUUUAGAUCAGAAUCAAGUUAAAGAAGUGGAGAAGAUAUCAAUGUGGAGUCAUCAUGUCAAUGUAAUCGAAGGUUUUCUAAUUUUUCCCAACCUUCAAACUCUAAUUUUGAGGAAUUCUCGUUUGAUCUCCAUUCCAAGUGAAGUCAUACUAUGUGUUCCAGGGCUGAAAGUGUUGGACUUAUCAAGUAACCAUGGAUUGGCUGAAUUGCCCGAGGGAAUUGGAAAAUUAAUCAAUUUGCAUUAUCUUAAUCUCUCUUGGACAGCAAUAAAAGAGAUGUCAACUGAAAUCAAGAAGUUGACAAAACUGAGAUGCUUAGUGUUGGAUAAUACAAAAUACCUUCAACUUAUUGCAAAGGAAGUAAUUUCAAGUCUUAUCUCUUUGCAACGUUUUAGCAAGCUAGCCACAAUUGAUUUUCUCUAUAAUGAGUUCCUCAAUGAAGUAGCUUUACUUGAUGAGCUACAGAGCCUGAAAAACCUGAAUGACUUGAGCAUUAACUUGUCUACUUCAGAUUCAGUUGAAAAGUUUUUCAACUCCCCAAUAUUACAAGGGUGCAUUAGAGAACUAACUCUAGUGGAGUGUUCAGAAAUGACAUCUCUCGAUAUAUCACUUUCCUCAAUGACAAGAAUGAAGCAUCUAGAGAAGCUAGAACUAAGGUUCUGCCAGUCUAUAUCAGAGUUAAGAGUGCGUCCAUGUCUUAUCAGAAAGGCUAAUCCAUCCUUCAGCAGCCUACGCUUUCUGCACAUUGGGUUGUGUCCAAUCAGAGAUUUGACAUGGCUCAUUUAUGCUCCAAAGCUUGAGACUUUGGAGUUAGUUAACUGUGACUCAGUGAAUGAAGUGAUCAAUGCCAAUUGCGGGAAUGUAAAAGUUGAAGCAGACCACAACAUUUUCUCAAACCUUACAAAGUUGUAUUUGGUAAAGCUACCAAAUCUACAUUGUAUCUUCCAUCGAGCUUUAUCAUUUCCUUCCCUUGAAAAGAUGCAUGUGUCGGAGUGUCCAAAGCUAAGGAAGCUUCCAUUUGAUUCAAAUUCGAACAACACCUUGAAUGUUAUCAAAGGAGAGAGGAGCUGGUGGGAUGGACUGCAAUGGGACAAUGAGGGUUUAAAGGAUCUUCUCAGUUCAAAAUUCGUCGAGGAAUAUUAUACCAUCACUGACUCUUUGAUUUCAUACCUCCGGGAGGAGCUACCAAUGCUGUUUUCAGAUUGAGAUUCUAAAUUCUGGCCCUUUUUAAAUUUCUUCUUUUUCUUUUCAUUCUUCUUUCGACAGCUUGUAAUAAUGUUGCACUUUACCUCAUGUUGAACUGCUAUACCAAUUGCUGCGAGUGGUCAAUAUCUUAAUACUUUAUUUUUGAUUCA